GGUGCGGCGUUACAGCUGCUUCCGGGAGUUGUAGCAAUGCAAUCGUAGUUGGGGGGGGAGAGGAAGUAUUGGCAGUAGAGGAGUCUGUGGACCGCAUGGGUGGACCGCAACUUUACUGCGGAUGCAGCUGAAGGGGCUGAAUAAUUAAAGACAUUUUCCUAAAAAAAAUUCCAUGUAUAAUAAUAGCCCGGGACAGAUUAAAGCUGCAGUUCUGAUUUUAUAACACCUACUACACGUGGCAGCGUAAAUACAGGGUCUCAGUUCCAUGGAUCAUCAUAGACCAGAAGGAUGAUAAAAGUUGUGUCAUUCCUCUGGAAACUCAUCGGUUUUGGUUUAGGGAGUGGUAGCUUAUUGCCUUCCUUAUAAUCUUAUAAACAAAAAUGCUGGGGAAAAGCAGCAUCUAUUCAGCAUCUAUUCAGAGGGCAGCGCACUGGGGAAUGCUGCUGUGGGAGUUCAGUGUGGUAUAUUUGUAUUGUUUCUGGGGAUUAUUUUGUUUUGUACAGGUAUGGGUUGCCACCUUUGACGUCUGUAAAAACCAAACAAUGGGGCAGCAUGAUGAUAUUGACGGCAGAUUAGUGCCACGGGGGUAGGGUUAUGGCCUUUGGGGGCAUGUUUGUGCUUCUUGGGGCAGGGUUUUAAUAUUAGAGGUGGCUAUUGGCCAGAUAAUUGUUGAUUUCAAACGCGGUCUCUUGUAAAUUGGAUAUGGAAAUAAAGAUUGAUGUUUUAUACCUAUAAUUAUGGAGUGAGCUGUUCUUGAAAAAUCCCGGAGUUUACUGCUGUAAUGGUUGGUGUGGAUUUCACAGGGCUCAAAACCGACAGUUGUGACCCGAACUCCCCUAAGAAAGACCAAACUGUUCAGUAUAUCUGUAGAAAUAAGUCAAACAAUCUUCACAAACAAACUGUUCUAGUCAAAAUGGAACAGGUGGCAAACCUAAGUACAGGGCUACUCUGUACAUAGGGCAAAUAUACUGAAAUGUAGAAGCUUGAAUUACAUACCAACUAUUAAAAAUAUUUAAUAAGAAAGUUAAUAAUAGCAUAUUCUGUAAAUAAUGACAUAACUUUUUGUUUGAAAGGACAAUUUGCUGAAUGUACAAAUAAGUCUUAAUACAGAAACUUUGCAUUUGUUACUGUCCCUUUAAGUCUUGAGACAGGUACCCGAGUCUGCGAUGCAACGGUUUUUACAGCACGUGCCUAAGAUGGUGAUGUCACCAAGUGGCACCUGCCACAGGGCAAGAGCUGUGAACCGUUGGAAAGUGACUGUUGGUGUGAGGCGUUUGCUGAGGAGAGAGCGAGGAGGUGUUGCUCAGCGAGAGAAUGGAGAAAAAGGAGAAAAAAAUGAUUAUCGAUGAAGAAUUUGGAUCUGGUCCCUUGCAGGGGGUGAAGAGAAGGAUGGAGGUGAAAGAGGAUCAAGGAGGAAGAAGGGAGAAAAGGAGAAGAUCCAAAAAGGAGAAGAAGGAGUUCACGGAGGAAGAAUAUGGAUCUGGUGCCUCGGACGAGGUGAAGAGAAGGAUGGAGGCAGAAGAGGAUCAAGGAAGACGAAGGGAGAAAAGAAGAUCUAAAAAGAGAAGGAGUUCAUUGUGAAAGAAUAUGUAUCCGGUCCCUCGGAGGAGGUGAUAAGACGGAUGGAGACAGAAGAGGAUCAAGGAGGAAGAAAGAAGAAAAAGAGACGAUCUAAAAAGGAGAAGAAGGAGUUCAUGGAGGAUGAAUUUGGAUCCGGUCCCUUGAAGGAGGGGAAGAGAAGGAUGGAGGCAGAAGAGGAUCAAGGAGGAAUAAAGAAGAAGAGGAGAAGAUGCCCUAAAAAGCAUCAAAAGAAGACUGGAAAGAGGACCAAGAAGGAGACUGCAGCAGGAGGAAGUGGCUUGGAGACGACUCAGGCUGAUGCUGCAAAGAUUAACCCUUUGGAUAUUAACAACUACGAGUUCUACGGAAAGCUCGGGGAAGGAGCCUUUGCCACUACUGUGUUGGCGACAUUACGUGGCAGCAAGAAACAUCUCGCCAUAAAGAUCCAGGAGAAAUCAGAGGAGGAUUAUGACAUUAUCCUUACAGAAUCCGAAAUUUUCAAGAUUGCCAAGGACAGUCCUUUCCUAUGCCAUGGCUUGGCUGCUUUCCAAUCAGAGCAUCGCACCUUCCUCGUCCUGGAAUACCUGAGUGGGGGAAACCUGGAAGAUCUGAUAGAUGAAUCCGGCUACCUGCCAAGGCCCUCUGUAGAGUUCUACUCUGCUGAGAUAGCAUGCGGCCUGGAAUUUCUUCAUGAGAGGGGAAUAGUUCAUCGCGACCUGAAACCAGAGAACAUCUUGCUGGAUGAAAAGGGUCAUAUAAAGAUCUCAGACUUCGGUUUGGCAGUGCAGAAUGUUUUUGGUGACGUAACCAUCAAUGGCUGGGCAGGAACACUGCGAUAUAUGGCCCCAGAGAUCUUGUGCGGAGCGGACUACAACACGGCUGUGGACUGGUGGUCAUUCGGGAUCACCACUUGCAGGAUGGCUUCCAAUAUGUUCCCAUUUUAUGGUGCAAAUGAUUAUGAUUUGAUCAUCUAUGAGGAGCCCAACAUCCCUGAAUGGCUGCCUGAAGAUCUGAAAGACCUUUUGAAAAAGCUCCUGAAUAAACAACCUUAUGAUCGCCUGGGUGUGCAUGGAAAUAUCAGACACCAUCGAUUUUAUUCAUCUAUUAAUUGGCUGGAACUUGAACAACAACGGAUACCACCACCUUUCCAGCCAUCAGAGGAACAUUUAAGGAAAAUUCAUGGAAAGGCUAUGUCAACUUUGGAUGUCUUGAUCCCCGGCCCCACCUCAAAGGAGCAAAUAACAAUUGAAGGUUUUUCCUUCCUUAACGCCAUUUGGCAAAAGGACUAAACCACCUGUCCCAGUUCUAGUUCCAGCAUUUCGUUUGCCACUUAAGAUUUUAAAAAUUUAAAGGAGAAGA